AUGUCGUCAGGCAACGGUGAGUAUGCCAACAACACGAGUCAGCAUGCGACUCCCGUACCCUCUCCGUUACCCACCGGGCGAUCCACGCCGCAGCCGCCGUCCGAAGUCUCCAUCCUGGAUCUCCCACCUGAUGCGCCAAUACCCGUUACCACGCCAUCACCUUCCACUCCCAUAAAUUUCAACGACGGUGCACGUCAAUCUCGUUCACCACAUCGAAAUGACAAACGAUCUGAGUUGCACCUUUCGCCCCCACAUCCCUCCGGCCCUAUCCGGUCGCCCUCGCUGCCCCCCACACCCUCACGCCCCGCCCCUCCCGAGACACAAACGCAGCGCGCACAAGGUCAAUCCUUUUUCUCCCCUCCUUCCUAUGGCCCCGCGCGCUGGGUGUCCUCCUUACUUUCCAACACCGUUCGCACUGGGCGGACGCGCUCCACAGACGAAACGUCCGCCUUGAGCGGCUCCGCCUCCGCGCCGCACACGCCGGGGCACGCGGCCACGCUCCCCACGAACCUGCUCUCCGCCGUCGCGCAGUCCGCCGUGCUCGACUCGGCGAUCACACACGGGACGCCCUUCGCCGCAGCGCCGUUCGUGCCCGCGAGCGGCGCGCCGGGGUUCGACGGCGACAGGAGGUGGGACAAGGGCUUCUCAAAUGAAUACGAGAGGAGCAGCUCGGAGCGCAAGAGCGUGCGCCUGGUCGGGCGGAAGGAGAUGACGAGCCCGGUGUUGACCACUGAGCUUGCGGAUAUGCUUCGGCCGUACUUCCCCGCGCUGGCGAGGCUUCCGAGGUCGUGGAACCUCCUGUACAGCUUGGACCAGCACGGGAUCUCGUUGAACACGUUGUAUAGGCGGUGCGAGAACCAUAUGGGCGGUGCGCUCGUGGUGAUGCGCGAUUCGGGCGAUGCGGUGUUCGGGGUUUGGAUGGGCCAAGGCGUUCACCUGAGCAAGGGCGCGUACUACGGCAGCGGCGAGUCGUUUCUCUGGAAGCUGCUGCCAGGCAAGCGACUGCGGAUAUACAAGUGGACGGGCAAGAACGACUACGUCGCGCUCUGCGAGCCGGAGUACCUCUCGUUCGGGGGCGGGGACGGCCACUACGGCUUGUACCUCGACGACACGCUGAACGACGGUUCGUCCGCGCGAUGUCUGACGUUCGAGAACGAGCCUCUUUGUUCGGAGGGCCCGAGGCAGGGGGAGAACGUCCGGUUCGAAUGCGUCGGGCUGGAGGUGUGGGGCGUGGGAUGA